GAAGGUUGCUGUUAUAUAUUUUAUACUGAUAAGGGCCGUUGUCAAAUUGAUUUUUUAUUCUGAUUGGAAAUAUGCAAGUGUUGAGAAGAGGGCUUUUCUCUUGUGACAGGUGCCCCUUUUGUUUUCGAUCGGCACCUUUUAGAAGGAUAGCAAGUUGUUCAUCUUUGAGGCAAAGAGCUUUGCCGGACGGACCCACUCUUAAAGACUUCAUCACCGGCACUGCGACGAAAGAUGUACAGGUCCGGGAUAUCGUCCAGGAAACUCUACCUUACCUAGACACACAGUCAUAUCGCGGAUGGGGAAGGAAAGUCUACUUUGAAGUGUAUGGUUGCCAGAUGAAUGUGAAUGACACAGAAAUAGCUUGGUCUAUUCUCCAAUCUGCCGGUUUCUCAAAAACCGGGGAUAUUAAGGAAGCUGACAUCAUCCUUGUCAUGACGUGCGCAAUUAGGGAAAACGCAGAGAAAAAAAUUUGGAACAGGCUCCAGCACUUCAAAGGCUUGAAGAGAGUGCGGUCGACGAAUAGGUCCAAACCGCCUGUGAAAGUUGGAAUAUUAGGCUGCAUGGCAGAGAGAUUGAAACAUAAGCUGCUAGAUGAAACUCUUAUCGAUUUGGUCGCCGGUCCGGACAGUUACAAAGAUCUUCCACGACUUCUCGCGCAUACAGAUUCAAAUGAAGAAGCCAUAAACGUAAUGUUAUCCCAUGACGAGACAUACGCUGACGUUUUGCCUGUAAGGCUGAAUGAAAAUUCAGUUUCAGCAUUUGUCUCUAUAAUGAGAGGAUGCAAUAAUAUGUGCACUUAUUGCAUCGUUCCUUUUACAAGAGGACGAGAAAGGUCGAGACCCAUCAGCUCUAUUUUAAAAGAGGUUAAACAUCUCUCAGAACAAGGAGUGAAGGAAGUCACUCUCUUAGGGCAGAAUGUCAAUAGUUACAGAGACACAUCAGAGGAUGCAUCAAAUGACAAAAUAACACAAUUAGCGAAGGGAUUUAAGACAGUUUACAAGCCUGUAAAAGGUGGUGUAAGAUUUGCCGAGCUGCUUGAUAGAGUUGCUUCUGUCGAUUCUCAAAUGAGAAUCAGGUUCACUUCACCACACCCUAAAGACUUUCCCGAUGAGGUUUUAAAUGUAAUAUCGUCAAGAAAGAACGUUUGCAGUAAUAUCCACUUGCCGGCUCAAAGCGGCAAUUCUGAAGUUUUGAACAUGAUGAGGAGAGGGUAUACUAAGGAGGCGUAUCUCGAAUUGGUCGACCAUAUAAGGAGUAUCAUCCCUUCAGUGACGCUGUCAUCGGAUUUCAUCUGCGGGUUUUGUGGCGAAACUGAUGAACAGUUUCAAGACACGCUAGAUCUUAUUGAAAAAGUGGGCUACCACGUUGCUUACUUGUUCGCGUACAGCAUGCGAGAAAAAACCACAGCGCACAGGCGGUACAAAGACGAUAUCCCAGACAAAGUGAAACAGGAACGACUCUUGGAAAUGGUUUCAGCUUUUAGAAAAGGUGCGGAAAUUCUAAACAAGAAAUUUGUAGGACUAUGCCAGACCAUCUUAAUUGAAGGGGUGAGCAAGAAAUCUGAUAAUUUUCUAACAGGUAGAAACGACGGUAAUAUCAAGGUGAUAAUACCCCGUUUGGCGAUACCACAGAGUGAAAAUUCCAGCGUACUCGAGCAUAUUAAACCUGGAGACUAUGUUAACGUCUUUGUUGAAGAAUCCAACUCCCAGGUUUUGAAAGGAAAGCCUUUGUAUCAUACUUCUUUAUGAAAAAAACAAUUGUAUAGAUGUGUCUAUUUCAAUCAUUGAAGUCAUUUUUAUUUAAAUUUUAAAAAUUUACAAUAAACAAUUAAUACGAUUGAAAGUCUGUGUGGUAAUGCGUACCACUACGUGUAAGUAUACAUUCUUUUCACGUCCAUAUGAAUAGUCUUAUUUAUGAAUGACUAGUUCAGAGAUUUCACAAAUAUAAAUUUUAAAAAUAUUUUAA